AUGCAAUGCAAGGAUUUUGUGGUGGGCGUGCUGGACCUGUGCCGAGACACAGAAGAGGUGGAAGCGAUUUUAAAUGGUGAUGUGAACUUCCAAGUCUGGUCCGACCACCACCGUCCAAGUCUGAGCCGGAUCAAACUCGCCAUUAAAUACGAAGUCAAGAAGUUCGUUGCUCAUCCUAACUGUCAACAGCAAUUGCUUACCAUGUGGUAUGAAAAUCUCUCAGGCUUACGUCAACAGUCUAUCGCUGUGAAAUUCCUGGCUGUCUUUGGAGUCUCCCUAGGCCUCCCUUUUCUCGCCAUAGCCUAUUGGAUUGCUCCGUGCAGCAAGCUAGGACGAACCCUGAGGAGCCCUUUCAUGAAAUUUGUAGCACAUGCAGUUUCUUUUACAAUCUUCUUGGGAUUGUUAGUUGUGAACGCAUCAGACCGCUUCGAAGGUGUUAAAACCCUGCCCAAUGAAACCUUCACAGACUACCCAAAACAGAUCUUCAGAGUGAAAACUACACAAUUCUCCUGGACAGAAAUGCUCAUCAUGAAGUGGGUCUUGGGAAUGAUUUGGUCCGAAUGCAAGGAAAUCUGGGAGGAGGGGCCGCGGGAGUACGUGCUGCACCUGUGGAACCUGCUGGAUUUCGGAAUGCUGUCCAUCUUCGUGGCCUCCUUCACCGCAAGGUUCAUGGCCUUCCUGAAGGCCAGCGAGGCCCAGGUGUACGUGGACCAGCACGUGCAGGACGACACGCUCCACAACGUCUCACUUCCACCAGAAGUGGCCUACUUCACCUACGCCAGGGACAAGUGGUGGCCUUCAGACCCUCAGAUCAUAUCGGAAGGGCUGUAUGCGAUAGCUGUCGUGCUGAGCUUCUCUCGAAUCGCGUACAUCCUGCCAGCCAACGAGAGCUUUGGGCCCCUGCAGAUCUCCCUGGGGAGAACUGUGAAAGAUAUCUUCAAGUUCAUGGUCAUUUUCAUCAUGGUAUUUGUGGCCUUCAUGAUUGGGAUGUUCAAUCUGUACUCCUACUACCGAGGUGCAAAGUACAACCCAGCGUUUACAACGGUUGAAGAAAGCUUCAAAACCUUAUUUUGGUCCAUCUUUGGCUUGUCUGAAGUGAUCUCGGUGGUGCUGAAAUAUGACCACAAAUUCAUCGAGAACAUUGGCUAUGUUCUCUACGGUGUUUAUAAUGUCACCAUGGUGGUCGUGCUGCUCAACAUGCUAAUAGCCAUGAUCAACAACUCGUAUCAGGAAAUUGAGGAGGAUGCAGAUGUGGAGUGGAAGUUUGCCCGAGCAAAGCUCUGGCUGUCUUAUUUUGAUGAAGGAAGAACUCUACCUGCUCCUUUUAAUCUAGUGCCAAGUCCUAAAUCAUUUUAUUAUCUCAUAAUGAGAAUCAAGAUGUGCCUCAUAAAACUCUGCAAAUCUAAGGCCAAAAGCUGUGAAAAUGACCUUGAAAUGGGCAUGCUGAAUUCUAAAUUCAGGGUAGGUAGCGUGGGACUUACGGGGCUAGAGAGGCAGCAGGAGGGGGAGGGGGAGCUGUGUGUUUGAUUCAGAUGGUGCCCCUGAUACAAAGGAAGUCAGGAGCCCGGAGGGACCCCGUGCUUUCCAGAAUCAGCCAGCGCGUCAGCAAAGCUGCAGCCCCAGCAGGGGCAGCCGGCCGGCCGCAGUGCCCCUCCUCCUGCGGGCCGAGCCGGGACCCCACUGAGGGACUCCUUAGUGGACUGGGAAGCAGAUUAGCUCUUCCCAGAAAGUAUCUGGAUCAUGAUGACUGGGAAGAAAGGUUCCCUGCCCAUUAUCUCCCGCUCCUGGAGAUUCUCAAUUAUUAGCAAAUUAAAAUCUCUGGGGAGUCUUGGAGGAAGGACACCCACAUCACUUUAACUGAGUGCUUUCCAAACAAAGCUGACCAAACAGUGAUUUGUAACCCACUGACAUCCUACAGAACUAGAGGCCCCAGGAACACGUUCUAGAAAGCCAAGCAGCAGUGGGUAUAGUGACCUCCUGAGGGUCCUCAUUUUAGAGACAGCCCCGUAUGCAGGUCCUCCUCGAGUCCUAGCAUGUAUGUAUGUACAAUCGUGUAUCAUGGAUUAUGUGUUAUAUAUUAUGUAUUUUCUAUUUUUUUUUUCCCAGAAGACUCGCUACCAGGCUGGCAUGAGGAAUUCUGAAAACCUGACAGCAAAUAACACUUACAGCAAGCCCACCAGAUAUCAGGUAACCACCCCUUUCCCAGGUAUGGGCAGAAGCGGACUCCGUUCAGACAUCAAUUAAGUCACAUGGCUGUGUCACUCCCCCCAGAACACAGCUUCAUUCCUUCCUUCAUUCGACAAAUAUUUAUUGAGUGCCUACUGUAUGCCAGGCACCAUGCUGCUUCCUGGGGAUACAGACAUGGUUCCUAUCUUACUGGCACUUCCAGUCCAUAGAGGGAGAGAUACAAUGAGCAAGUAAAUGCACAAAUAAAUAUGUAACUUCAAAUUGAUAAAAGUGCAAAGAAGAAAACAAUCAGAUGUUAAAAUGGAGAAAAAUAGGGAGCCCCUGCUUAGAUAUGGCUCUCAGAGGAUGUAUCUUCAAGGAGAGGACAGUUAGCUAAAACCUCAGAGAUGAGAAGGAGGCAGCCACGUGGGGCCU